GGUCCGUGGCUCUCGCUCCCGCGACCCUCGCUCGGUCCCCGCCGGCUGGGAAGUGGGUGGUGCCCGGUCGCCGUGCCCCGCCGCCAUGAGCCAGCACAGCCGACUGCAGAAGCAAGUGCUAGGCCUGUACCGGGAGCUGCUGCGCGCCGGCCGCGGGAAGCCGGGCGCCGAGGCCCGGGUGCGCGCCGAGUUCCGACAGAACGCCUGCCUGCCGCGCUCCGACGUGCUGCGCAUCGAGUACUUGUACCGCCGCGGGCGGCGCCAGCUGCUGCUGCUCCGCUCGGCUCACGCCAAGUCCCUGGGCGCCUUCGUGCGGCCGAUGGACCCGCCCGGGGAGCCUGCCGCCUUGGGGGCCUUGCCCGACGGAAGUGACCAGGCGAGGAGCCACCUCGGAGGCGCGAGAACCCUGGAGACACCGCCUGAUGAGCCCCAGUCCAUGGAGCCGGUUGUGGGGCCGCCCCUGACUGCGAGGGUGGGCGGAACGCGCCUAAUGAGAGGUUAGCCGUCCUAAGAGCUUCGCUGUGUGGGAAUCGAGCGACGGAGGCCAGUGGACCUGAGAAGUCGGCUGCUUAGUUGAGGAUCCGACUCCCUACUUGAGGGUUUGGGGCAGGCUGCCCGCACCGUGUCAGGCCUAGCGCACCUUACCCGAGGGCUUGGGAAGCAGGGCUGCCUCCCUUGUGGGCGGAAAAGCAGAGACAACGUCUCUCAUGAUGCCUGAGCACAAAACCACCCCUUGGCUUCCCAAGGGAUUCUCCUUUCCCCGAGAAGAGCAGACUUUUGUUGGAAAGGAGUUCCCCAAGAUACCCCCAUACAUGGGGAGAAGCCUGGAACCCCUCUUUGGAACACCGCCCCCCAUUCAUUGUGACAAACCAGGACCUGUCAGAGAGGACUUAGGGAUCUCUCAGCCCAGCUGACCAAUUCAAGACCCCUCCAUGGGGGUUCUGAGGGUACCUCUGACUUCUGCACAGACACACACAACCAGGACCGUUGAGCAAAAGGAAUAAAUUUAAAGAUGUGCAUACUC